CUGAGUUAACACACGUCUUUGUUUCUCCCCCAGCAUGCCAGUGUAACGGCCACAGCACGUGUGUGAAUGGCAGCGUGUGCGAACAAUGCCGCAACCUCACAACCGGCCCCCACUGCCAGACCUGCAUGCCUGGUUUCCAUGGAGACCCCACAAAUGGUGGCAAAUGCCAGGCCUGUAAAUGUAACGGCCAUGCAAACGUGUGCCAGGUGUUAACUGGCAAGUGCUUCUGCACCACCAAGGGGAUAAAAGGAGACCAGUGCCAGCUAUGUGACUCAGAAAACCGUUACCUUGGCAAUCCACUCCGAGGAACCUGUUACUACAACCUCCUGAUCGACUACCAGUUCACCUUCAGUCUCAUCCAAGAAGAUGAUAAUCACUACACUGCCAUCAACUUCAUGGCCUCUCCUGAGCAGGCUAACAAGAACUUGGACAUGUCAAUUAAUGCAUCCAACAACUUCAACCUCAACAUCACCUGGUCUGUGGGAUCAACAGCUGGAACCAUCUCUGGAGAGGAGGUGCCCAUCGUGUCCAAAACAAACAUCAAGGAAUACAGAGACAGUUUCUCCUGUGAGAAGUUCACCUUCAGAAGCAACCCCAAUAUCACCUUUUAUGUCUACGUCAGUAACUUCUCAUGGCCCAUCAAGAUCCAGAUUGCUUUCUCCCAACACAACAGUAUCAUGGACCUUGUCCAGUUCUUUGUGACAUUUUUCAGCUGCUUUCUGUCACUUCUCCUGGUGGCAGCAGUCGUGUGGAAAAUCAAACAGACCUGCUGGGCUUCAAGGCGGAGAGAACAACUUAUGAGGGAGCGUCAGCAGAUGGCCAGUCGUCCGUUCGCCUCGGUUGCUGUUGAGCUGGGUGGCCAAGGAGAAGAGACAGCCCUGCUGCAGCCUGUGGUUGAUGGUGCACCUAAACCCGUUGCGAUGGAGCCAUGCUCAGGAGGAAAAGCUGCCGUGUUGACCGUCCUCGUACAUCUCCCCUCUGGGCCUUCAGGCUUACCUCCACCUGGACAGUCAGGAAUCAUUGUUGCCAGUGCCCUGAUAGACAUCUCACAGCAGAAACCAACAGAUUUUAAGGACAAGUCGCAGGCUUUCAAGAACCGAAAAGCCCAUCCUCCAGCACAUCAAGGCACCUGCGUCUGAGUCCCGCAAUCGAAUGGAUUCUUAAAAAAACCAUCUGAGGUCGGAUUGUUCAGACGUUGCCCAUUCUGAGGCUUUUUCAAGAGACAAAUGUGGCUGCUAACACUCAAUGAAACUUGCCAAGUCCGAGGGGCACAAUCCUUCCUUCACCUUUGCUGCCCACUUCUCCCAUUACUGGAACUACUUUUCCUCCACCUUCUGGACCUCAAGCUCCUCCUUUCCUCAUGAGCAGUCAGCUUGUGCAAGGAGGGACUCUGCCUGAUCAGUUACAUCACCAGAGAGAUCCUGCAUCUGUUGAAAGCUUCAGCGUCAGUAUUUUGCAACACCUUUUUAGAUGGAAAAGCAAAGUUGUCUGUAUUUGGGUUCUAUCAAAGUUUACCCGAGUUGAAACACAUUAUUUAAAAAAAAAACAUGCUGCCUGGGUUUUAGCUUCUUUUUUUUUUUUGCUGGCCAACAACUGGUAUUCUACGGUGCUAAUGCAUUUAGUUUCUAUGACAAGCCUUUGAUGUAUGAACUCAAUACAUUCUGCCUUUUAUAAGGAAAGGAAGGACUCCUAUUCCUUUGUUACACCCCAUAACCACAUGCUAGUGUUUUGACAACGGAGAGUAUUUAACAAGCCACUUUCACCAAUUAGUAUUAGGGUUGAUUUUAGCAUUUACUGUACAUAUGUAUCAUCCACCCAGCUGAAGCUAAAGUCUGUAAUUUCUGAGGAAUGGAAAGCUGCAGAGAAAUGAGACUGAAAAAAAAACCCACAUCCUGCAGCAUGCGGGAGAGGACUGCGAACAGAAGAGAGGCACAAACAAAUCUUCAAUGCAUGGAAAACUCCAAAUCUUGAGGAAACAUUGAGAUGAUUUAAUUUGCAAACUGAAGGUUUUCCUUUGUGACUUUUUUUUUUUGUUACUCGCUGUUGAAGAAGUUACAUGAUGCGAAGAAACACUAAAGUUCAGGUGACUUCUUUAAUGUUGUUUUGCUGUGCAACUUGGACAUUAAGCUGUCGAGCUUGACCUCGGAUUGACGUCGUUACGAGAAAGAAGCCUGUUUGAACAAAAUAAGAGCAGGGGCAUUGUGCUGGCUGUGUACUUGUUGGUUUGUAUGUUUUUAUGUAAGAGCCCUCUAAAGCUACACCUUUAUUUCAAUCUAUUGAGUACAAGGAGUUCCGUUUCCUUUUUUUACAAUGCCUUGGCUUUCAUUGAACUCCUACGUGGGAGAAGGGGCAAGUUGAUGUGCAGUAUUUUAAAAAGCUGACUGUUUUUUAGCCCCGCCCCAACCCCCCCAACCCCACACCCCCACCCCUGGGCUGUACAGUGUCUUGUUGGAACAAAUGUGAUUCUUUGUCACUCUUUCUCUCUUGAGAUUUCAUGUGUUUGUCAGGUUUUUAUGACAGUAUGGCAAGAGAUUAUCUUUAUUUUCCGGGCCUUGUCACCUGUUCCUAUUAUAUCUUUGAAUUGUAAGUCUUUUGCUACACUUGUGAAAAGAGCAUUUCUGUUAUUAUUUUUGUUUUUUUUGAUAUUUAACAGAUUCCUGUGUAGUAGCGCAUUUAACUAUAUUUUAUUGUUUGACGUAAAACGGUUCAUUCGACGUCAGCUCUCUUUUGAAACUGUGCAUCUUUAAGGACUGUAUGGGCAUUGUAUUUGUGUUGCAACUUGUUCACUAUGGUGAAUUUCAUAAGGAUAGUAUGCGAGCUAAUGUUUUUUUUUUAUUUUGUGUUUGUAGAGUAAUCCGAUAAAAGUGUCAUUACACAGGAAUCUGGGUCUCACCGUACCGUGAAAAAAAAAAGAUGAUAAACUGCAUAUCAGUAAUCUUCAGUGUAUUUGAAAGAUGGACAAUAUGCCAGAAAAUAAAAACCAGGAGUGGACAUCGUCUUUGCACAGUCAUCUUUUUGAAAACAGUACAAAUAAUGCAGCCGUUGAAUUCUAAGGUAUAUUUCUCACCUGCCUGUCGUAUUUUUUUCACACCAAGCUUCAACCUACAAUUUGUGAUUACAUUCUGGUGCCCAGCGUUCAGCACUGCUUGAUUGCCUCAACUAAAGAUAAUUAUUCCCUCUGAGCGUGUGUCGCAAACACCAGCCAAACACAGACCUAGAUGGUUGUGUGUUUUGUGCACGGAAACAGUGAACAAGAGAAAUCGACAGGGAAAGUUGCUAUACAGUGUAUUUUCUACAGAUUUUUCUUCUGGUAUAAAAUUGAACUAUAUGAUCUUCUUAAAUGUUUAUGAAUGUAUGUAAUAAAAUAAUUUUGUUGGAGCAUUA